CUCUCUCCCUUCAGCCACCCUCGACCUCGCCUACCUUCUAUCCCCUCCCACCUCGUUCGAACCUUCGUCCAACAUGCCGACCAAAGGAGAGCUGCUUGAACAAGCAUCGAAGGCACCACCUGCCCAGGCAGAGGCCAUCUUCAAGGAGGUCAUAACAACACCCAUCUCGGAGCAUGCAGACAUUCCACAGCGGGAAGCAGAGCUCCGACAGCAGGACACUGCGCUGGUGAAGCUAGCGGAGCUAUAUCAGGCUCAGAAGAACGCGAAAGGUGUCGCAGAAGUUAUCACGCUCUCGCGCUCGUUCGUUUCAACAACAGCCAAGGCAAAGACCGCUAAACUCAUUCGGACGGUGCUCGAUUGUUUCAACGCCAUUCCUGACAGCCAGCAGAUCCAAAUAGACGUCUUGAGCGAGAACAUUCAAUGGGCACAGCGAGAGAAGCGGAUAUUCCUCAAGCACAGUCUGGAGACGCGGCUGGUUGGACUUCAACUAGAGAUGUCACAGUUCAAGCCUGCUCUGAGCCUCAUCGAUAACCUCCUAACAGAGCUGAAGCGGUUAGACGACAAGAUGAUCCUCACUGAGGUGCAUCUACUGGAGAGUAGAGUGUACCGUGGUAUCGGCAACCUUGCAAAGGCAAAGGCCGCCCUUACCUCCGCGCGCACAGCGGCCAACUCCAUCUACUGCCCACCACACCUCCAGGCACGGCUCGACCUCCAGUCCGGUAUCCUCCACGCCGAGGACAAGGACUACUCAACCGCCUACUCCUACUUCUACGAGACGUUCGAGAGUCUCAGUUCGCAGGACGACCCUGGAGCACUCGGCGCACUCAAGUACAUGCUGCUGUGCAAGAUCAUGCUGAACCUACCAGAGGAUGUGACAGCGUUGUUGAGCGUGAAAUUCGCAGUCAAGUAUGCGCAGCUGAGGGAUGUAGAGAGCAUGCGCGCCGUCGCGCGUGCACAUCAGCAGCGGAACCUUGCGGACUUCGAGAAAGCGCUGAAAGACUACCAACAAGAGUUGUCCAGCGAUCCGACAAUCCGGACGCACCUGAGCGCUUUGUACGACAAGCUGCUCGAGCAGAACCUCCUGCGGAUCGUCGAGCCGUACAGCGUCGUGGAGGUAGAGUAUGUCGCGCAGCAGGUCGGCCAGGGACGGCAGGCGGUCGAGAUCAAGCUCUCGCAGAUGAUCCUCGACAAGGUGUUCCACGGCGUGCUGGACCAGGGCAGGGGUUGCCUGAUUGUGUUUGAGGAGUCUGAGGCGGAUAACACGUAUGGAGCGGCGAUAGAGACCCUGGAGCAGGUCGGAAAAGUCGUAGACUCGCUGUAUGCAAAGACUGUCAAAAUCGCAUGAUGUAUGUGGGUAGUUGUCGUGUAUAGCAUUUCUUCUACGCUUCGCCCGGUAUACGGUUAGCGUGCG